AUGAGAAGGAUGAGCAAGAGCUAUGAUGUUAUUCAGAUUCCAGGAAGUAUCAAGCACUCAGACCUUCCCGAGAGAAUGGAGAUUGGAAAGCCCUUUGAGAUUAACGGAGACUUGUAUAUAUGUGAGAAGAGGGGCGAAGGAAUGAUGAAGGUAUGCUCUGAGAGCGAGGGAAGGACAAGCACGCCUGUCUUGAGUCGGGGGUUUUAUGUAGUCCGGAGGAUGUGA